UGUGUUAAAAUCUUCCGGCUGAGAGGGCUGAAAAUUUUGAUACGCGGCUGGGCUUGAACUUGGAACUUUUUGUGCUGUAAUCAAAUCUCGACGUGUUCUCUACGUACUUGCAUAUUAGGCAAAUAAACGCGAAAUAAUGGCUGCGAGACUAAUGAGUGCCCAGGCACAGGUGUGCAGGCUGGGCAAAAAUGUUGUCAGCGAAACAGCGAUGGUGCGCCAGUUCCAUGCCUCCUGCUACUCGGCCUCGAAGGUGGCCCUGUCCAAGUUCGACUCGGACGUCUUCAUGCCGUACGAGAAGCUGAACCAGCGACUGGAUGUGGUUCGCAGUCGCCUCAAUCGCCCGCUGACGCUGUCGGAGAAGGUGCUGUACUCGCAUUUGGAUGAUCCCGCCAAUCAGGAUAUUGAGCGCGGCACCUCGUAUCUGCGCCUGCGUCCCGAUCGCGUGGCCAUGCAGGAUGCCACUGCCCAGAUGGCUCUGCUGCAGUUCAUCUCGUCCGGCCUGAAGCGAGUGGCCGUGCCCUCGACGGUGCAUUGCGAUCACUUGAUCGAAGCGCAGGUUGGUGGCGUUAAGGAUUUGGCCCGCGCCAAGGAUCUGAAUCGCGAGGUCUACGAUUUCCUGGCCAGCACCUGCGCCAAGUAUGGGCUGGGCUUCUGGAAACCAGGCAGCGGUAUCAUUCAUCAGAUCAUUCUGGAGAACUACGCCUUCCCCGGCCUCCUCAUGAUCGGCACUGACUCCCACACCCCCAAUGGCGGCGGUCUGGGUGGACUCUGCAUUGGAGUGGGCGGCGCAGAUGCCGUCGAUGUGAUGGCCGACAUUCCCUGGGAGCUCAAGUGCCCCAAGGUGAUUGGUGUCCAUCUCACGGGCAAGAUCAGUGGGUGGACGUCCCCCAAGGACGUGAUCCUGAAGGUGGCCGACAUUCUGACCGUUAAGGGCGGCACUGGUGCCAUCAUUGAGUACCACGGCAAGGGCGUUGACCACAUCUCCUGCACGGGAAUGGCCACCAUCUGCAACAUGGGUGCUGAGAUCGGUGCCACCACUUCGCUGUUCCCGUUCAACAAGCGCAUGGGCGAUUACCUGAAGUCCACCGGACGUGCUGGCAUUGCCGCCGAGGCCCAGAAGUUCCAGUCAAAGAUUUUGACGGCUGACAAGAACUGCGAAUACGAUGAGCUGAUUGAGAUCAAUCUGGAUACCCUGGAGCCGCAUGUGAAUGGCCCGUUCACCCCCGAUCUGGGCCAUCCCAUCAGCAAGCUUGGGGAAAACUCCAAGAAGAACGGCUACCCCAUGGACAUUCGUGUGGGUCUGAUUGGCUCCUGCACGAACUCCUCAUACGAGGAUAUGGGCCGUUGCGCCAGCAUUGCCAAGGAUGCCAUGGCCCAUGGCAUCAAGUCGAAGAUACCUUUCAAUGUGACCCCCGGCUCGGAGCAGAUCCGUGCCACCAUUGAGCGAGAUGGAAUCUCGGAGGUGUUCGACAAAUUCGGCGGUACUGUGCUGGCCAACGCCUGCGGGCCCUGCAUUGGCCAGUGGGAUCGUCAGGAUGUGAAGAAGGGCGAAAAGAACACCAUUGUCACGUCGUAUAACCGUAACUUUACCGGACGUAACGAUGCCAAUGCGGCCACCCAUUGCUUUGUGACCAGUCCCGAGCUGGUCACCGCCCUGUCGAUUGCCGGUCGUUUGGACUUUAAUCCGUUGACGGAUGAACUUACCGGCUCCGAUGGCAAGAAGUUCAAGUUGAAGGCCCCGUUCGGUGAUGAGUUGCCCGCCAAGGGUUUCGAUCCCGGUCAGGAUACCUACACCGCUCCCCCAAAAUCUGGCGACUCUGUUUCGGUUGCUGUGGAUCCCAAGUCGCAGCGCCUGCAACUUCUGGAGCCCUUCGACAAGUGGAACGGCCAGGAUCUGACCGAUCUUACCGUGCUGAUCAAGGUCAAGGGAAAGUGCACCACUGAUCACAUCUCGGCGGCUGGUCCCUGGCUGAAGUAUCGCGGCCAUUUGGACAACAUCUCCAACAACAUGUUCAUUGGAGCCACAAAUGCAGAGAAUAAUGAGAUGAACAACAUCAAGAACCAGCGCAAUGGCUCCUGGGGCGGUGUACCCGAUGUGGCUCGCGACUACAAGGCCAACAAUGUCAAGUGGGUGGCCGUCGGUGAUGAGAACUACGGCGAGGGUUCGUCCCGCGAGCAUGCCGCUCUGGAGCCACGUCAUCUUGGUGGCCGUGCCAUCAUUGUCAAGUCUUUUGCCCGUAUCCACGAGACCAACCUGAAGAAGCAGGGUCUUCUGCCACUGACCUUUGCCAAUGCCGCUGAUUACGAUAAGAUCCAACCCACAAGCAAGAUUUCCCUGCUCAAUUUGAACGACCUGGCGCCCGGCAAGCCCGUCGAUUGCGAGAUCAAGAACGGCGACAAGGUCGAUAAGAUCAAGCUAAAUCACACAUUGAACGACCUGCAGAUUGGAUGGUUCAAGGCUGGUAGCGCUCUCAACCGCAUGAAGGAGCUGGCCGCCCAAUAAAUGGCGCACCUUGAACUUACUUAAGAUCCCCCCGUAUCCAAAACGAUUCUGUUUACCCGAUCCUAUCAGAUACCAGAUAGGUGUAGACCCAUACUCAGACACACAACGCAAGCAAUCAAGUUUAUGGUAUUGUUAUUCAAUUUUUUUUCAAAUUGUUUAUAGAUUUUUGUGCUAUUUUAAAAAGUGAAUGAACAUGUAACCGAGCGAGAAUUAGAGAGAGUUUUAUAUACAUACUUAUAAUUAUACAAACAUCUAUUAUUAUUAUUACUAUUAUUAUUUUGUAAUUCUUGCUUUGCAAUGUUUCCUUCGAUAUCGAUUUUGAUUAUGUUUUGCGAACUUGUCUGAGCAGAUCUGCAGAUUGCGACGACUAUGAAGACGAUGAAGUGCGAAUAAAACUUAAAGUAAAUAUACGUA